AUGAUGGACGUCGCUGUAGCCAGCUUUUGGGAAGGUUUCGCAAUGGACAACAUCGACGAGGAAUAUGGCCAGCUCGCUGAACACCUUCGCGACUGCACGAAGAAGGCUGAGUGUUUUAAAACCUCCAAGAGAGACUUGUCUCUUGAAACUCUUGUGCUGAUACGCCAGCGUGGAGCAGCACGAGCCGCAGGGAAUCAAGAACUGGCGUCCGAGCUCACAAGGCUUUGCAUAGAAGCGAUAAGGGAAGACCUUAAGGAGAGAAGAGGAGAAGUGGCUUUCUAA